AUGGCUCUCCACGGGGACUCCUCCGACACGCUAAUCACCACUCCCUCUCCGGCACAACUUAAGCUCUCGCAAAUGGACUCUGAGCUAGAACUCUCCGUCAUAGAGUCCGCUCCGCCCAUUCCAAGAAUCCUCCGUGAAGCCAGCGAUAUAACAUGGCAAGAAUCCCUCGAAACGCAAGACACGGUGACUCUGCGUCGCCGUGGCCGCGAUCGAUUCAAACUUCUGCACCAGCAACAAUUCCGGAACAGUCUUCUCGCUGGUGUUGGCUACCUCGAACUCGCGAAUGCAGGUGACUUUGCUGCGAAUGUCUGGAAUGACAUACCCGUGCCUACCUUUGCCGCCGUGCUGAUGGGUAUCGGUGGUACGCUGGCGCUGGGCAUGGCGUUCGUCGCCUUUCAGGAUUUCAGACUGAGUUGGAGGAAUGUCCGAUUGCUACAAGACGAGAAAGAACACCUCCUGCGCCUGCGGCAGUACCAUGCCAAGAACCCCGAGUUGGCACGUUUGCUUGACAGUCGCCUGGGCGUUGGGGUGCGUGAGAUCGGUACCGAAGUCGUUGACCGCAUCUUCAUGGAUAUUCUCCUAGGCGGUGGCUCGGUUCUUGUUGGUGUCGGUACGCUAAUGGCGAUCGGGGGUGCAGAUCCGCAUGUCUUUAAAGCGAGCAAUCUGCUCUCCGGGUACAUUGGCAAUGGGCUGGCUGCGGCGUUCGGUCUUUUUAAUGCGGUCUGGUCGUGGUUUCUUAUCCAACGGUUCAGAAAGCAUGACACUGCGGUGCGGAGGAGCGAGCCGAGUGAUGAUAUUCAUCGGCGACUGCAUACGCGUUUCCGUCGGUUCCAGUGGCAUGCGUUGAUCAAUGGGGUUAUCGGGUUAGUUGCUGGCGCAGCGUCGAUGGUUACAGCCACGCGCUGGUGGGGAUACGUGGUGUUGAUCCCCUGCAUAAUCUCACUGAUCUUUUGCAACUACUUCUGGCGCAAGAAGCUCGGCUAUGACCGUCCUGUCCUGGGCCAUGUUUCUCUUGCAAGAAUGCAGUUGAUGCCUCUUGUCGAAGAUCUCGAGUAUGCGAUUAUCGUGCAGCGCGGUCUGUCUGGGCAGGAAAUAUCUCUCCCGCAGACAAUUCUGCAACCCGAGUCAUUUGAGUCCAUGCUGCAGUUUAUUGUACGCAAUCGCAUGCUCGAAAUCUAUGCCGUCUCCCUGGCCCAGGAUAAGAAAACUCGAUCGAUUCUUCUUGAGAUUCCCGCUUCCACCGAGCCAGAUCAAAUAAAAAUCACCCACGACAUCCUCCUGCGCCUUUCUUCUCGCCAUAAACAUACACAGAUCCUACUGGAUCACGCAAAACGCUUCCUCCGCACCGAAGGCGUCCUCAUUUUUACGCAUCGCGAACGACAUCUCUUAGAGUUACUGGGUUACGCCGUCUGGCAUGAUCAGACGGUCACGGCCCCGACGCAGGAAAUUUCCAUAGAGAUGAAGUAA